AGCGACUAUAAAUGGACUGGUACUUCAGUGCAGCAGCAUUCAUUCUCACAUCGUCUGUACAGUGACAACCAGCACAGAGACCAACAUGAAAUUCUACAUCUUGACCGUAGCCCUCUUGGCCGUUGCCCAGGCCCGUCCGGAUUCCUUCGAUGCCACCGCCGAAAUACGUGAGCUCAAGAGCGACCAAAGGGAGGAUGGCAGCUAUGAGUAUCGCUACCAGACCUCCAAUGGCAUAGCCCAACAGGAGCAGGGCGUGGGUGGCCAGUAUGCGAGCGGCUCAUCGGCGUACUACGAUCCCAACGGCGAGUUGAUCCAAUUGACCUAUACUGCUGAUGAGAAUGGUUUCCAUCCGCAAGGAGCUCAUCUGCCCACACCCCCGCCCAUUCCAGCUGCCAUUCUGAGAUCCCUGGAAUACAUUCGCACCCAUCCGCCAAAGGAGCAGCGACAGGGUCAUGUGCGCUUCUAAGUGAUGA